AUGGCAUCAUCGGCAAAGGUUGGGUGGCAAAAAGAGCGGGAAGCGAAGCAAAAGCAGAAAGAAUGGGAGUCUCAACAAAAUGCCGAGCACAAAGACUGGCAACAGAAACGUGCCGACAUGAUGAAGAAGAAGGAAGCCGCCGAGACCAAAGCCAAAGAAGCCGAAGCAAGUGCUCCAGAAUUCCUCAAGAAAUUGGGAAAUAUGAAGGAAAAGGCGCAAAACAAGCCUCCACCCAAAAAGGAAGACGAAGGGCCGACGAUUGAAGAACUGGAUGAUGGCACCGACAUUCCACCGUGGCAUCGACCCAAUGCCCCCGAAAAACCAGAAUGGGUCGUACUGCUCUUGCUCGCCGCCGAAAAGGAAGCACAAGAAGAAGGAGGAGAAGACGACGACGAUGUCUUUUGUGCGUCUGGAGCCGAGCCCUCGUUACGAUAUGACAAUUUGCCCCCCGAGUCUUCUGGCAGUGGAUCUUCAGACGAACCCGCCUGGAUGAAACAAGCCAAAAGCCUCAAGAGCACUCCCAACUUGACCAUGGACUCGAAAAAGACCAAAAAGCACACCCGACGAAACUCUUUUGAUAUAUCGGGACACAAUCCCGAAAACCAGGAACAACCCUGGAUGAUGUCUGCCUCUUUGAAACCGGCAAAGUCCACACGACAAGUUUCCGAUACUACAAGCACUACUAGUCCAAAAAUCGUCCGAUCGCCACGAAAGACACCCAACAAGUACGCUUCCAAAUCGGCGUCGGCCGAUGUCCUGAUGGGAGACGAAAAGCCAGAAUGGAUGAAGUCGGCCGAGAAACUACGGAAAAAGAAGAAACCAGUCAUCAACCACGAAGCCAACAAUCCUGCCGCGCCACCGGCCGAAGAUUUGCCCGAAUGGAUGACACAACGGUCCAAAAUACAACAACAGCAACAACAAAAGGCUUCAUCACCCGAUGAAAAGAGUCUGCGAGGGUCCACCAACUCCAUCGCAUCAACUACUAGUACAGCCAAUGAAGAAGAACAACAACAACCCGCAUGGAUGAUUCAACGAUCCAAAAUAAAACAAAAGACCGAUCUUACGCCUCCUCCUUCUCCCACCAAGAAAACCAACAAUGCAGGCGACAAACCGGAUUGGAUGAAACAUCACUUGGUGCCGGAACCGCGCAUCAGCAUUGACGACUUGAAAACGUCCAUUGUUCAGGAGAAACUGGAACUACGAGAACCCAUACGACAAGCAUCCAUACGACUCACCAAAGAAGAACUUACGGACAAUGUCGUCAAACAAAAACUAGAAAAACGACCCAGUAUUGUCGACCACCGAAAGUCGCAGGUCAAACCGGAAGAAAUGGAAUGGAUGAAGAAAAAACUCAAAAAGUCCACAGCAUCCCAACCAGAAACGUCGUCACUCAAAAAAGAACCAGCAGACGACAAAAAACCGGAAUGGAUGAAACAUCGAGACAAAUUGAUACCUCGUGUCAGUGCUCAAGAAUUGCAAAAGUCCGUCGUGCAAGAAAAGCUGCACAGCCGCGGACCCAUUCGAGAAUCGUCCUUGCGCAACAUUUGCAAGGCCGAAUUGACCGAUAACAAAGUCAUGACUAAAUUGGCACAGCGGCCCAGUCUACUCGACAAAAAGUCACACAUCCAGACGGAAGAAAUGGAAUGGAUGAAAACGAAAUUACGUCCCAAGAGCGUGCCCAACACGCCAGACGACCACGGUGAUGAUCGUCCUCAAUGGAUGAAGGAAACCCAAAAACGCAGGUCAUCCAGGAAACUACUCGAUGCCAGUGACAUUGAUGCUUCGAUACGGGAAUCCAAAAAAGAAGACAAAGAAGAGGACAAACGUCCCCAGUGGAUGAAAGAAACGCAAAAACGGAGAUCUUCUCGGAGAAGUAUGAGUCUCACUGACAGCGAGCAUGACAAAAAAGAGGAAGAGUCCGAGGACGGAAAGAAACCAUUGCGCCGAUCCGCGACGGUUGACGAACGAGCGCCAAAGCGACAACCCGCGUGGAUGAAUGCAGCCGAACAGCGCUUAAAAGCCAAGGGUCUCAUUGGCAAUGAGAAUGAGAUCCACGUUCGCCGCACGUCGAUAACAACAAGCAAGCCGGAAUCACCCAAAGCGACGACCCAAACAGUCGCCAAGCCAGCAACAACACCAAAGUCACCGAAACCGACGACCCAAACAGUCACCAGGCCAGCAACAACACCAAAGUCACCCAAACCGACGCAGACAGUCACCAAGCCAACACCACCGAAAUCACCCAGAACCACAACCCAGACAAUUGCCAAGCCAACACCACCGAAAUCACCCAGAACGACGACCCAGACAAUUCCCAAGCCUGCACCACCAAAAUCACCAAACCAACGACCCAGACAGUCACCAAGCCAACACCACCAAAAUCACCCAAACCGACGACCCAGCAACUGCCAAGCCUGCACCACCAAAAUCACCGAAACCAACCACACAGACAAUCGCCAAACCAACACCACCAAAAUCACCCAAAACGACGACCCAGACAUCACCAAGCCAACACCACCGAAAACACCUCAAAAAACGACCCAGACCAUCACCAAGCCAACGGCCAAGCCAACUGCUAAGCCAACCGCCAAACCAACACCACCGAAAUCACCCAAAAGGACGACCCAGACAACUGCCAAGCCAACGCCAACGAAAUCACCAAAAAAGAAGGCUGAACCAAUCCCUCCGCCGACGGAACCCGCUUCUCGACAAACGUCCUGGGCACGAGUCAAUAGUCCCAAAUCUUCAGCAUCGAAGGCAGCCAUAAAAAGAGCGCAAUCCCCGAUGCCCCUCGACUUGGAACGAACCGAGAAAGCUUUGGUGGAAAUAAACAGCCGUUCACCCAAACAGGCGGUUUCAUCAACGAAGGCAAAGAAAUCAACCAAGAAUGCAGCAGCCCAGGCGCCUCUUGACGUGAAACGAACGGCGAAAGCUUUGAAGGAGUUGAAAAAAUCUCAGACGCAACAACAAAUACCCACAAAGAAACAGCAGGCAAAAAAAUCACCCAAAAACGCGGUCGAUACACCUCUUAGCGUAGAACGAACCGAGCAAGCUCUGAUGGCCUUGAACAAUCUCUCGAAACAGCAAACGCCACGAUCUAAGGCUCAAACCACGGCAACACCGCAGAAGACAGCUAUGCAAGACAGGGGCAGCUUCUCCUUGACGGAUGACACGGAUGCGCUGAGCUCUGACCAAGGCGAGAAAUCCCCGGCAAAACCCCCUGGUGAUGGGCGAUUUUGGCAGAGUCUCAUUUCGUUGGGUAGCACGGAGGGGUCCGAUUCCACCGACUCCGAAACCUCGGGCGAAAAACCAUCCAAGGCGGUGGACUUUUCGGCUUCCAUGAACGACAUUUCUGCUGUAAAGAAACCCGCCGAGAAAAGGAGGCGCAGGUCCAGCAGGAAGUCCAUCUCGUCAUCAGGCAGCCGACUCAAAAGCCGCAGUCGAUCAAAGUCCCUGGACGGUAGAAAGAAAAAGAGUAAGGACGAGAAGAAAAAAUCGGAGAAGAAAGAAAGGAGGAAGUCCGAAAAGAAGGACAAGAAAAAGGAAAGCAAAAAGGAAACCAAGAAAGCCGAGAAGGAAAAGAAGGCAAAACGGCAGGAUAAGUAA